AUGGCGCUGAACCUGAGCAAGAACGGCCGAGCGCUGCAGGAGGCCUACGGCAGGGUGGUGGCGGCCGGGAGCCCCACGGACUGGGCUCUGUUCACCUACGAGGGCAACAGCAAUGACCUGCGUGUGGCUGGCUCUGGAGAUGGUGGCCUGGAGGAGAUGGUGGAGGAGCUCAACAGUGGGAAGGUGAUGUAUGCCUUCUGCAGGGUGAAGGACCCCAACUCUGGCCUGCCCAAAUACGUCCUCAUCAACUGGACAGGUGAAGGAGUGAAUGAUGCCAGGAAAGGAGCCUGCGCCAACCACGUCAGCACCGUGGCCAACUUCUUGAAGGGGGCUCACGUCACCAUCAAUGCCCGCGCCGAGGAGGACGUGGAGCCUGAGCUCAUCAUGGAGAAGGUUGCCAAGGCCUCUGGGGCCAACUACAACUUUCACAAGGAGAGCAGCAAGUUCCAGGACUCAGGUCCUCAAGCUCCUGUGGGCACUGUCUACCAGAGGACAAAUGCAAUGUUUGAGAUCAAGAGAGUCAACAAAGACAACUUCUGGGCCAAGGCUGCGAAGGAUGAGGAGAACAGGAGGCUGGAGGAGAAGCGGCGAGCGGAGGAGGAGCAGCAGCGGCUGGAGCGGGAGCGGCGCGAGAGGGAGCUGCAGGAGGCAGCCCGGAGGGAGCAGAGCUACAAAGCCAGGUCCAGCCAGAUCGAGGCCCAGAAGAGAUUCCAGCAGCAGCAGGAGGCAGAGAACAGGGACAAGGAGCAGCAGCAGUGGAAGGAGCAAGCUGAGGAGCAGGAGGCCAGGCAGAGGAAGGGCUUCAAGAGAAGUGAAUCAGUGGAGAAGGCUCAGGAGGCUGCUUCUCUGGUUGCACAGAGGGCAGUGAACCCCAGGGACAUCUUCAAGCAGAAGGAGAGGUCGGCGCCGGCCGAGGCGGUGCCAGCCUCACAGCCAGGGAAGCUCCGCAGCCCCUUCCUGCAGGGGGAGGUGAACUCCCUGGGUCCUGCCCCUCCUGUCUCUCCAGCCCAGGAUGCUGCUCCAGGUUCCUUCACCCCAUCCUCUGCCUGGGGAACCCCUCCAGCCUCACCUGGACCUGCUGCAGGACAGGACCCCAGGUACAAUGGCAGUGCCCCUGGUGCCCAGCUGGAGGAGGCCAAUCUCUAUGAGGAGCCAGCAGACUCUGCAGCCAUCUAUGAGGAAGCUCCCCAGGGCCACCUUGAUGAUGCCUAUCCUCUGGAGUACCAGCAGGUGCCAGACCUGACAGGGAAGGGGCUCUGUGCCCGGGCACUCUACGACUACCAGGCUGCUGAUGACACUGAGAUCUCCUUCGACCCUGAGCACAUCAUCACCAACAUCGAGAUGAUCGACGAGGGCUGGUGGAGAGGCGUCGGCCCCGACGGCCACUUCGGGAUGUUCCCUGCCAACUACGUGGAGCUGAUCCAGUGA